ACACUCUAUGGUUGCUAUAAUGUUGAUUUUCAUGAUUUCAGUCAUGCCCUCAUACUUCCCAGUUACUGUAGAAUACUUUUUAGAAUAUUUCUGAUACUGUAAUGUUGCUGAAAAACCUGAGUGUGAUCAGGGGAAAUGACUUUUGUCUGGACCUAACACUGGAGAGCCUGUGUUCGAAUGUCCCGUAAUGGCACCGUAAUGGUGUUAUGUUGCAGACACCAAGUGACGGGAUCUUGACUGAACCUUCUGGAGACCAAGAAGGGAGUGAGAGAUCCACUUCAUCCUUACAACAGACACCAAGUGACCUGACUGAACCCUCUGGAGACCAUGAAUGGAAUGAGAGAUCCACUUCAUUCUUACAACAGACACCGAGUGACCUGACUGAACCCUCUGGAGACCAUGAAUGGAAUGAUAGAUACACUUCAUCCUUACAACAGACACCGAGUGACCUGACUGAACCCUCUGGAGACCAUGAAUGGAAUGAUAGAUACACUUCAUCCUUACAACAGACACCAAGGGACCUGACUGAACCCUCUGGAGACCAUGAAUGGAGUGAGAGAUCCACUUCAUCCUUUCAACAGACAUCAAGUGACAGGUACCUGACUGAACCCUCUGGAAACCAAGAAUGGAGUGAGAGAUCCACUUCAUCCUUACAACAGACACCAAGUGACCUGACUGAACCCUCUGGAGAACAAGAAUGGAGUGAGAGAUCCACUUCAUCCUUACAACAGACACCAAGUGACCUGACUGAACCCUCUGGAGACCAUGAAUGGAAUGAUAGAUACACUUCAUCCUUACAACAGACACCAAGUGUUCCGAUCCUGAUGAAACCUUUUGAAGAUCAAGAAAGGAGUGGAAGAUCCACUUCUUCCUUACAACAGACACCAAGUGACCUGACUGAACCCUCUGGAGACCAUGAAUGGAAUGAGAGAUCCACUUCAUUCUUACAACAGACACCGAGUGACCUGACUGAACCCUCUGGAGACCAUGAAUGGAAUGAUAGAUACACUUCAUCCUUACAACAGACACCAAGUGUUCCGAUCCUGAUGAAACCUUUUGAAGAUCAAGAAAGGAGUGGAAGAUCCACUUCUUCCUUACAACAGACACCAAGUGACCUGACUGAACCCUCUGGAGACCAUGAAUGGAAUGAGAGAUAAAUUCUCAAAAUUCUCAAAUUUUCAAAAUUCUCAUUAUUUCCUGGAAUAUCUUAUUUUGAUUAUUUUAUUUUUCCAUUUUUAAUAAAUAAUGCCUUCUUUUACAGGUGGGAAUAAGAGACGCACGUGGACAGAUUAUGAAGUGAAGGCUGUUGAGCGACAUAUGUUUGAUUUCAUAACAAGCCAUAAAGUUUCAGGUAAAACGA